GACGUGUUCCUUCAUCCUCAUGGGUCUGCUUCCUUCCUGUUCGUGCCGAGCUGUUGGUGGUUGAUGGCUUGAUAUCGCUGGCCAUCGAGCUGUAUCGACAGAGGAGGCGCUGCCUGCCGUACCCCGUGUAUCUGGUCUUGGUCUAUGCUGUGCAGAUCCUUUGUUGCCUCCCGUCUCUGCACAGCAGCUUGAGUCUAGAAAUCCCGAGACAUGGCUCCGCGACUGCCGCGACGAUUUCCAUCGCAGCCCGGCUCAACGCGGCCUGA